AUGUCAUCGGGAAAAGCGUUGAUCAGCAAGCAAAUAAGCCAAGAUAACGAAGAAAUUGAUUUGAUUACGCUAGAAAGAAGCCUGAAUUCGAUUCAUGUGAUCCAGAAAACAUCAAAUAAAUCCAUAUCGUACGACGCUGACAAAAAAUGCAGUCAUCUUGAAGCAAUAACCAGGACUGUACAGAUUUCAUGCCAACCUCCGCUGAUUCCGUUUACUAUACAGGGUGGAUCUGCGGAAGGUUGUCUGAUACUGGUGGAAUUGGUGCUUCAUCCCGAUUUACUGAAUGUGUUAGCAACAGAUGACAUCAUUUUGUCCAUCAAUGGAAGGAAAGUAUCCGGAAUGUUAUCACGAGAUGUACGAAGGUUACUGGAAGGUUUAUUUGCCAUGAAUGAAUCAUUUUAUAUGGAAAUUGUAAAUAAAAAUUCGAUUCCAUCGAGCAUAACGGAAAUUCUAGCUGGUGAAGACUAUCCGGAACUUCAAAUUGUCAUCCGGAAUAAUGUUUACCAAAAAACAGUGCCAUAUACUACAAGGCAACCACGAAAUGGUGAAAUCGAUGGUGUUCAUUACAAAUUUGUCGAUGUUUCAACUUUUCGUCAGUUACGUGAUAGCAAUCAAUUGUUGGAACAUGGUCAUUACCAAGGUUUCACUUUUUAA